UUCUUAUCAAUCUGUCUACUCACUUACAGUCUUCCUCUCUUUUUUUUGCUCACAAUAACUAUGUCGUCAUGGUUUACAGAUCCUGAGUUGUUUAUGGAAUAUCAUAACAGCGACAUAUGUGUAUGGAGGCUUCGGAGAAAAUCCGGUAGUCCUCUUGAGCAAACUGAAUUCACUCGUGAAAGUAAUGUGAGUGAUUAUCUCUCUUUGGUUGAUCAUUCUUUUGAAUGGAAGAAGAAUGAUUUUGAUGCUUUGGCUGAUUUCUUGUAUAAGAAUGAUAUAUCAGUAAACUGCCAAGGUUUGGUGCUUACAUUGACUUAUCCUCGAGACAGAGCUACAAAUAACAACGACAUGUGCCGACCAAUAAGGUUCUGGUCGCGUGAUGUAAUCAACUUAUCCUGCUACGGGCUACCUGUUUCUUCGAUCCCAUUUCAAGAAGUUCAAUACAUGGAAGGGGGAGGCUGCGCACCUGUGCAACCCAGUCCCAUUGAAACUGAACUGUAUCAACAGAAGGCUGCACUCGAUGAGAAAGUUUUGGAGUUAGAAGCCACGAUUGCUUCUCUUAACGAUGAAUUGCUGAAUGAUAAAAAGGGCGUUGCCAAUGACCGGGAUAUCGUGGAGGCCGUAAAACAAGCUCUGGAAAGCAAAGUUGCCGACUUGGAAGCCAUGAUUGCUGCUCUUAGCGAUGAACUGCUGGAUGAGAAGGAUGAUAAAAGGUGCGUUGUCAAUGACCGGGAUACAGUGGAGGCGGAAAAACAAGCUCUGGGAAACAAAGUUGCCGGCUUCGAAGCCACGAUUGCUACUCUUAAUGAUGAAUUGCUGAAUGAGAAGGAUGAUAAAAAGUACGUUGUCAAUGACCGGAACAUCUUGGAGGCUGGCAAACAAGCUCUGGAAAACAAAGUUGCUGACUUCGAAGCCGCGAUUGCUACUCUUAACGAUGAACUGCUGAAUGAAAAGGAUGAUAAAAAGUACAUUGUAAAUGACCGGAAUAUUUUGGAGGCUGGAAAACAAGCUCUGGAAAACAAAGUUGCCGACUGCGAAGCCGCGAUUAUUACUCUUAACGAUGAAUUGCUGAAUGCGAAGGAUGAUAAAGAGUGCAUUGUCAAUGACCGGAAUAUACUGGAGGUUGCUAAACAAGCUCUGGAAAACAAACUUGCCGAUUUCGAAGCCACAAUUGCUACUCUUAACGAUGAAUUGCUGAAUGAGAAGGAUGAUAAAAAGUGCAUAGUGGAGGCUGACAAACAAGCUCUGGAAAGCAAAGUUGCCGACUUCGAAGCCGCGAUUGCUACUCUAAACGACGAACUGCUGAAUGAGAAGGAUGAUAAAAAGUACGCUGUCAAUGACCGGAACAUCUUGGAGGCUGGCAAACAAGCUCUGGAAAACAAAGUUGCUGACUUCGAAACGGCGAUUGCUACUCUUAAGGAUGAAUUGCUGAAUGAGAAGGAUGAUAAAAAGAGCAUUGUCAAUGACCGGAAUAUUCUGGAGGCUGCUAAACAAGCUCUAGAAAACAAAGUUGGCGACUUCGAAGCCGCGAUUGCUACUCUUAACGAUGAAUUGCUGAAUGAGAAGGAUGAUAAAAAGUGCAUUGUCAAUGACCGCAAUAUAGUGGAGGCUGACAAACAAGCUCAGCUGGAAAACAAAUUUGCAGAUUUCGAAGCCGCGAUUGCUACUCUUAACGAUGAAUUGUUGAAUGAGAAGCAUGAUAAAAAGUGCAUUGUCGAUGACCGGAAUAUACUGGAGGCUGCUAAGCAAGCUCUGGAAAAUAAAGUUGUCGAUUUCGAAGCCACAAUUGCUACUCUUAACGAUGAAUUGCUGAAUGAGAAGGAUGAUAAAAAGUGCAUUGUCAAUGACCGCAAUAUAGUGGAGGCUGACAAACAAGCUCUGGAAAACAAAGUUGCCGACUUCGAAGCCACAAUUGCUACUCUUAACGAUGAAUUGCUGAAUGAGAAGGAUGAUAAAAAGUGCAUAGUGGAGGCUGACAAACAAGCUCUGGAAAGCAAAGUUUCUGUCUUCGAAGCCGCGAUUGCUACUCUUAACGAUGAAUUGCUGAAUGAGAAGGAUGAUAAAAAGUGCAUUGUCAACGACCGUAAUAUACUGGAGGCUGCCAAACAAGCUCUGGAAUACAAAGUUGCCGACUUGGAAGCCGCCAAGACCACUCUCAAUGAUGAACUGGAAAGAAAGAAGGAUGAUAAUAACGCUAUCAUCAAAAAAGCUCUGGACAAGAGAAUUUCCGACUUGAAAGCUGAUGCACCACAAAGAGAUCAGGAAGAUGAUAUGAACGCUCUCAUUAAGUAUUUGGAGAAACAAGAAGAUGAGAAAGAUGAACUGCAGAAGAUAGUUUCAAACUUGGAAGUCAACAUUCUCAUACUUCAUGAGGAACUACAAAAAGAGAAGGAUGAUAAGACCGCACUCAUUAAGGAUCUUGUCGCAGCGGAACCUGGGAAACGGACAGUUAAUGAAAUAGUUUCACACUUAGAAUCCAAGAGUAGAAGUUUGAAAGAGCAUUUCCUAAGAGAGGAGGAGGAUGAAGUUCUUGAGAGAAGUGCUUCCAACUUGGCAAUUAUGAAAGCUAUCCGGGAAGAAGAACUAAGGAAAGAGAAGGAUGGUAAAAGCGCUCUCGUCGACAAUGGAGAAGGAUAUGAAGCUGAGAAACAAGGUCUGGAGAAGACAGUUCUUGAGAGAAGGGCUUCCAACUUGGAAACUAUGGAUGCUAUCCAUGAAGAAGAACUACGAAAAGAGAAGGUUGAUAAAAGCGCUCACACUGAAAAUGGAGAAGGAUGUGAAGCUGAGAAACAAGGUCCGGAGAAGACAGUUCUCAACUUGGAACCUACGAUUCCCUCUCUUCACGACGCAUUACAAAGAGAUCUGGACCGAGUGAUGGCUGAGAAACAAGCUCUGGAGAAGAGAUGUUCAGACCUGGAAGCCAAAAAUGCCAGUCUUACCGAUAAUCAAGAAGGACAUGAAGCUGAGAUAGAAAGAAAAUUGGAAGCCUCGAAUCUGACUCAUAACGACGAACUGCAUAAAGAGAAGGAUGAUAAGGAGUCCAUUAUGAAUGAUUUGGAUCACGUUAAGGCUGAGAGACAAGUUCUGGAAAGCAAAGUUUCUGACAUGGAAACCACGUAUUCCACUCUUAACAAUGAACUUCAGCAAAAGAUGGAUGACAACGAAGCGUUCCUCAAUGAGCGGGACGGACUUGAAGCUGUGAAACAAGGUCUGGAAAAGAGAGUUCUCGACUUGGAAGCCACAAUACAUGACAUCGAAAUGAAAACAGGAAAAGAUGAUGAUUAUAAUGAAGCUGAGAAACAAACUCUAAAGAAGAGAAUUUCCGAGUUAGAGGAGGCAAUUUCCAUCCUUACAGACAAGGCAAAGAAGUUACUGAAAGAUAUCAAUAUAUGGUUAAGUGAAGUAACUGAGCUACAAGAGGACCUAAACAAAGAGAGUAAGGAAAAGCAAGACCUGGAGAAAAGAGUUCUGGAAUUAACUUCAAAACUCGAAAAAUGUAUUUGUGGCGCUAGAGAUGGAUUAUCAACAAUCAAAGAAGCAUGGAUGAGCGAUUGCAUGGUUCCUGAUAACUGGGUUCCAUUCGAGGAUCUUGUUCAAGGGUUUUCAAGGAAAACUAGUCCUUUAGAUAUCACUAAAACAUGUGACGCCGUAGAUAUCAGCGAAGAUAGUACAACCAACAUCCAAGUGGACUACUUCUAUCGAGGAUUGUUACAGGGGCUUGUGUAUCCUGUUGUGGUUGUUAACAUUGAUGAGUUAAAUCCCAACAAAGAAAAGGCGAGAUUCGACCCAACCAUUUGGGGUUUAUUUAACAAUGCAGGAAUUUGUUAUGCAGCCAGAAAACCAUUUGAAUCGGAAAUGUAGGUUGUUGCACGCAACAGAUCGCAGUGUACGUACCCGAUCAGUUUGUGCAGUGGUUGAUUGAAGCCACCUUUGGGAGUGUCAUUUUUUCUUGUUUUUGUUUGUGUUCACUUUAUGCAGGGCUUGAUUGAAGCCACCUUUGGGAGUGUCAUUUUUCUGGUUUUUGUUUGCGUUCAGUUUGUGCAGUGGUUGAUUGAAGCCACCUUUGGGAGUGUCAUUUUUCUGGUUUUUGUUUCCUUUGAAUUCAUUUUUUUUAAUGUUUGCUUAAUCAAAAUCAUCAAUAAUAAGAGACGACUGAAUAAAGCUAGUUGGAAUCCUACCAACAAGUUUUGAAUUAAUUUA